GAAAACAUCAGAAACAUUAAAAACAACAACACAUGUUCCGCCGAUAUAUCCGCCUUACCACCACCACCACCACCACCACCACGCCUGCAUCAUUGGCCCUGGCCCUCUAGCUUUGGUCACAUUGCCGCGACUUUAUGGACGGUCCUGCCAACCCCACCCUCGUAUCGAGAAUUCAUUCGCGCCACAGUUACCAAGCCCAACAGGCUCCCCAGCAGAGGCUUCCUGCACCCAACCAGCCUCAGCCACACGACCAAUUCCUUCCCCCAGGACCUGACGCCGGACCCAGAAGCAGAGAGAGUAUGAGCAAAGGCCAUCGCUUCUUCCACCGUCGCGCUGUGCUGGACAAUGUCGAAAUCGUCACAGUCCUUGCUACAGUCGACGAAGCUGGCAAUGUCAUCGCCCAGGAAACGCUGCCACCUGUACCACCACCAUCUUUACCAGAUGUAAUCGCUACCACCGCCGCCGCCAUGGUUUCUGCCACGCCAGUCGCUCAGCCAGUUCAGCUAGCGCUUCCUUCGGUUGCGCCUGCUCCUGCUCCUGCUCCUGCUCCUGCUCCUGCUCCUGCGCCUGCGCCUGCGCUACCAUCUGUGCCUGAUACUGCGCUGCCCAUACCCGAUACUGCGCUGCCUGUGUCCGAUACUGCAUUGCCUGACACCGCACUGCCUGUACCUAAUCCUGCGAUUGCGGCACUCGUACCCGACCCUGCACUACCAACCCUGUCUGCUCCAGCGCUGGCGGCUGUACCUGUUCCUGUUCUACCAUCUGUACCAGCAGUACCGCCGUUUCCCACCGAUCUCGUCGUCCCAACUGUCCCAGCGUAUCCUUUUCCGUCGCUGAAUUAUGUCGCCCAACCCGUGGUUACAUCUACUUCUAGUGCUUCACAAUCCUCGAUUGGAAGCACUGCCACGCCAUCUCUUCCCUCUGCUAUCAACUCGGCCGCCAAUACAACCCUAUCAUCUACCUCAUCAUUGUUGUCGUCUUCUAUAUUGGCCACUUUUGAUAGCAUCUCGGCCUCUUCCACAACAGACCUUGUUGUAUCAGUCAAUGCCAUCCCAACGCGCUCACCCUCUGGUUCACAGUCUCUUCCUGCUUCUACAAGGACGUCACUCACACAGGCAAUAAUCUCCUCACAGUCGGCUCGCAGCAUUGCAUCUGCCUCGAGUGUCCCAACUAUCUCGAGUGACCCGACUACAACCGCCAAUUAUGGCGGCUGGGGCGGUAAUGCGCCUGGCACUGGAGGAGCCUCUGCUCCAAUUACAUCAGCUACGUCGACCGCUGACGCCGGCUCCAGCCCUAGUGCUCUUGAAACGCCCAAAGUCGUUGGUAGCGUGUUAGGGAGUCUUGCCGGAGUUGCCCUCAUCUUGGCCUUGAUAUUGUUUCUUUUGAAACGCCACAAGCAGAAGCGAGGCGGUGCUCUACAGCUCACUGGCGACGAUCACCACCAGGAAGGUAACCGGUCCAUGACCCAGGCGCCUGCCCCAAGCAGCGCCCUUGUCCCUAUCGCCUUUCUUAAACGCUUUUCUGGUAUGUCUGGCAAAACGGCCGAGACUAGCACGAGCGCUGGUGAGCGGAGCUUUCAACGAGUGUCGGGCCGCAAGUUGCCAUCUGCAUUCAGUGAAGGCAUGACGUCCGAUCAAUUCUCUCGUGGAGGCACAAUGUCCGGUUCGUCAUUCUACCAAGACGACCAUGGCCUAUAUGGCGGCACAGCUCUAUCUAAAGAGAUGGGCAAGGAGAUUGGCGAGAGUUCUGCCCCACGCGAAUCAGGACAGAUGAAUUUUCGACCUAGCCCUGCGAGAACACCCAUCAUCCGCCAUCCCGACGAUGUGAACCCUUUUGCAGAUCGCCACCACCUCAGCCCGCCACAUUCUCCUGUCGGCGAACUGCCUCCUAGAGGUACGCUCGGAAGAAGCUUGCCCUCGGCCGACGGGUCGCGCUCAAGCAAAUUCACCGAGAAUGUUUGAACGAUCUGUUAGCCUCUGCUUCUCUGUUUACUCUUUGUUUAUACCUUAUUCACGACACGCAUGAAAAUGCACAUACUGUUUGGUUUUUUGGGCUUGCCUGCCUGCACCUCACAGCUGGUUUUGGGUCGGCCAUCUAGUCUCAGUUAUACCCCUUGGAUUUUUUGUCGGACA